CGCACUGGGGCCGACGCUGGUUACGUCAUCCCCCUCAGGGCUCAGCUCCCUUCCCCCCUCCUCUCAAGAUUAUAGUAUUGCCAAUUCGCGCUGUUUGCUGCGCCCGCCCGCGCCGGGCUGUCCUCUUUCCCCACUCUCUCCUACUUCCCAGCCCAGCGAGUCUACGGAGUCCAUCCCCCUAGCAUUACGUCGGCUCCGUGGCGUCGGUUCAAUAGCCCCCCUCCCUCACACAGGACGGAGCCACAGUUGGGGCCUCGGCAGCUGGGUAGCAGGAGGCGCCUCCUUCUCUCUUCUUGUUGGGACUCGGAGCCGGCGGGGAAGCUACGACUGGAGGAGUGGUCUUUCUCUGCUGUUGGUUGAGCCUCUCCGAUCCCAUAGAGCAGCAAGGAUGGAUAGUGAAGCUUAAACUGAAGGAGGUAGAAGCCAAGGGCCUGAGACAGCAGCAUGCCAAGGGAAGUGAGCCUUCUUUCAAGAACUUAUCUGGAAAUCAUAGGUGACAAGGAAUUCCAUUCAGGGCUAAAUCUAGAUUGCAGCUGCCAGGACAAAAGGUCUUAUGAUGCCUAAAAGAAAAGAGGGAGAAAUGCAAAGUGAUAUAUUAAGAAAACAUUGAAGCUUUUCAGAACUGGAACUCAUGGUGGCUUUAACUGAGGAUCACAGAUAAAAUCCGCAUGUAACCAAAGAAGACCACUUCUUUCCAUAUGAAAAGAACAAUAAUGAGCAAUGCAUUCCAUUGGUUUUAAAAAUUCAUAAUAGGAAGCGGAUUGAGGCUGAAAUUUUAACCCCACUUACUUGGAGAUUCAAUGGCAAACUUAAAUGGUUGUCCAGAUUCUUGACACACACAUUUUUGGGGGCGUCAUGGAUUUUCUGACAUAUAGCCUACAAAGCAGCCUUAAAAAGUAACAUUUGCUUCCUAAGCUUUGAUCAUUUUCACUGGUUGCAAUAAUGGCCAGCAAAAGGAAAUCCACAACACCUUGUAUGAUACCGCCAAAAACGCUGGCACUGCAGGAAUCACAACCGGCCUCUGUUGGAGUUGAUCAUGAAGGAUUUCAACAAUCUGUUACUACUGCAACUCUGCCUGUUAGUGAGGCUGUUAAUAAUAACCACAACAACGGGUUGUUGUUCAAUGGACAUAAAGGUAUUGUGGAUGGUGAUACGUACAGGUGUACGUAUUGUAAUUUUGGCUCUCAAGACAUUAAUCAGUUCCUUGGUCACCUUGAUUCUGAACACAUAGACUUUAGCAAAGGCCCUUCCUUUGUGUGUGUGCAAUGCAGUUUUGUGGCAAAGAGUCACAAAGAGCUUUCUCGUCACAAUGCAGAGUGCCAUGUUAGGGAAACCAGCUUAAUCUGGAAUGUUGUGAAGCAAGACAACCACGUGAUUGUGGAGCAAACUAUUGGAGAUACCAGCAGCAGCCAAGACCUUCUGGGGGACCUCCCUGAGGAAGGUCAAGAUAAUCAAGUUGAAAUUAUCAUUACCAAAACACCCAUUAUGAAGAUAAUGAAAACAAAACCAGAAGGUAAAAAAAUCCACAUGCUGAAAGAAAACAUACCUAGUAAACCAGUCAAGGAUUUGGAGACAAAAGUUGGUGAACAGCCAUUCACCAAUGGACCUGUGCCAGUGAGCCAAUCAUCAACAGGCACAGUCAAAUCAACACAUGUUGUCAAUGGGAUAAUAGGAAAUGUGCCUGUUCUGCAGGCAGGCAUCACCCAACUUGUGCAAUUGCCGCAGCAGCAAGUUCACCAACAGCUACCCACAUCAAAAUCCCUUCCCAAGGUAAUGAUUCCUUUAAGCAGUAUCCCAACAUACAAUGCAACAAUGGACUCUAACAGUUUCCUGAAAAACUCUUUCCAUAAGUUCCCUUACCCUACCAAAGCUGAGCUUUGCUAUUUGACUGUAGUGACUAAGUACCCAGAAGAACAGCUGAAGAUUUGGUUUACUGCACAAAGGUUGAAACAAGGUAUCAGUUGGUCACCAGAGGAGAUAGAAGAUGCACGAAAGAAAAUGUUCAACACUGUGAUUCAGUCUGUACCCCAGUCCACCAUUACAGUGUUAAAUACACCACUAGUUGCAAGCCCUGGUAGUGUUCAACAUCUCAUUCAGGCCAGUUUGCCUGGCCAUUCAGUUGGAAAACCUGAAGGAGCAGGUGGUGUACUGGUUACCCAACCAAUAAUAUCAAAUGGACUUCAAGGAGCAGCCUCAUCUCUGGCAAUAGCAGUAACUUCCAUUCCAAAGACCCAGAUAGCUAAGCCACCAACCACUGUGUCAGUUUCUAGUACUGCAUCACCUGUGAAAGUGGUCAGUGCUGCCCAGGCACAGCUCACUGCUUGCCCAAAUAUAACUUCACAGGCAUUCUUAGAUCCUAAUAUAUACAAAACUAAGAAGUCUUAUGAGCAGCUGUCUGCGCUAAAAGACAGCUUCUAUAGGAAUCAGUUCCCUGGACAUUCCGAAGUUGAGCGGCUGACAAAAAUCACAGGCCUUAAUACCAGGGAUGUUCGAAAAUGGUUUAGCGAUAGGAGAUACCACUGUAGAAACAUAAGAGGCGGCAAAACUGUACAUGCUGGAGACAAUACAAUAAUAAUAGAUUCUGUACCUGAAAUUACCUUCACCUCUUCUCCCAAAAUGGCCACAGAGUUAAUUUCCACAUUGGCAGCAACACCUGUUGUUCAUACCCCAACCCGUCGGCAAUCCUGGCAUCAGGCUCCUGAUUUUUCUGCUACAAAAUACAAGGAGAGGGCUCCUGAACAGCUUAGAGCUUUGGAAAGCAGCUUUGCACAAAAUCACUUUCCUGUAGAGGAGGAAGUGGACCGUUUGAGGAGUGAAACCAAAAUGACAAGGAGAGAAAUUGACAGCUGGUUUUCAGAGCGACGGAAAAGGCAAGUGAUCAAGGAAACAGAGCAGCAAUUAGAUGAUGAUGGUGAAGAUGACUCUGUGGAAGAGGAGGGUUCCUCGGAUGACCUGAGAGCUUCAAGCGAAAACGGUUCAUUGGAUGUAGCCAGCAAUUCUCAAAUGUCAAGAGAGCGCAAAGUGACUCCUAUAAAAAUCAACCUUAAGAACUUUAAAGUGACAGAGUCAAAUGGCAAAAGCGAGUUGCCAGGCUUAAGUGCAGAUGUUCAAAGAGAGAGCUCUCCUAGCAGGGCACCUGUGCCCCAGAAGCCCAGGCUAAGCUGUAAAAAGACUGCUCAGCAGAGGAAUUUGCUUAAACAGCUUUUUGUACAGACCCAGCGCCCUACAAAUGAACAAUAUGACCAAAUAUGUUCUCAAACAGGACUUCCCAGAACUGAAGUGAUUCGUUGGUUUGGAGAUAGUCGCUAUGGUUUAAAAAAUGGAAAUUUGAAGUGGUAUGAGAACUAUAAGCAUGGUAUCUUCCCUAAAGGCCUAGUAAUCUCUACUGAGGCCAGCAAGGUGAUCCUCCAAGACUAUUUCCAAAAGAACAAGGUGCUUUAUGAAGAUGACCUUCCAGGUCUGUGUGAGAGAACUCAGAUGACCAUCUCACAGAUCAGGCUGUGGUUUGCUGAAAGGCUAGAUGAAGAAAGCAAGGCCAUAUCAGACACGGGCAGCGAAGACCAGUCCUCAAGCGUUGGCGAGCCAGCCAGCAAUCAAAAAGGGACAUUUGAUGCCUUUUCUGAGGUUUCUGAGAACAGUGAAUCUUGGGAGCCCGGAGGUCAAGAUGGCAGCUCAGAGCUUGGAGAUACGGAAAGUCAUCUACCUGCAGUUCAAUGUGAAAUGGACUGAACCAGCACUGCUUCCCCUGAAGGAUCUGCUUUAACUUUGUGAAGAUUCAGCAGCUGUGGGCCUCAGACUGAAUCUGUGAAAGUCCUGAGGAAACACUGCCAUAAUGACAAGAUCAUACUUUUGUAAAGCACAUUUGGGGGGGGGGGGUGUUGAUCAGUCAAGAAGACUGUCGUUUUGUGGGGUUUUCUGUUUUUGUUUUUAGUCUAGCUGUCUGCUGCCUAAUCUAGCAUAGGAGCAGAAUCUGGCACAGUGACAAGAUUUCCUCUUUCUAAAUUACGACUUUUUGUUUGGUUUUCCAGUGGGCAGUUUCUUUCAGACUUCCUAUCCAUAUGGAGCUAGCUUUACUUAUAUUACCAGCUAGCCUGCACACAGGAUCAUGAAUCUGGGGCAUUGCGUUAACCGUUCUUGUUUCAUAGAAAUGGACUAUCAUUGGCAUAAUACAUUUGUAAUCUUUCAGUGUUUGUUCUCUGAAGGCUGAAUCAUUACAUAUAUCCAUCACCUUUGAAUCUCUAGGUAUGGAAAUCUGGGUUGCAAUCUGUACCCACUCACCUGGGAGUAAAUCUCAUUGGAUCUUAUGUAACUUCUGAGUAGGAUUGGGCUUCUCGUGUGUGUGUGUUUCAGGGACAGAGCAAUAUUCCCAAUUGUGUGCACAAAAUUUGGAUAAUAAAAGUAUGGCUAAUUCUAGCCAUUCCGAUUGGGCAUCACAUUUCACAUGUGUUGCUACAUGCCUUGCAAUAGCAAGUAGGGUGGAAAUGGGGGGGGGGGAAAGGGGCCUUUUUCUUUCACUCAUUCUUUAUUGACAGACAAUGUGAGACUUUUCUACAGCAGAUGACAUUACUUAUUGGAUUAGUCUCCAAGUAUACAAAUCAGUGCACUUUUAAAAUACACCCUAAUCCAGAAUCAUUUUUGUCAUUGUUUAAAGCAAAGUUCAUAAAUUAUUUUUUAUUAAGAAGAGUGUUAGAGGAAAAACUUUGGUCAGGAAAGAAUUAAGUGGGCAAACAUCACACUUUGCAUAGCCCAUUCCCACUGCCCUCCCUAGCAGAACUGUGUUAGAUCCCAUACCUUAUUUCAAAAGAGUGAACUGUUGGAAAGGUUUGCGAUUUCUCCCAGACUUCCUAGCCAUUUAUGAGCUUUUUUUUUGGUCAAGCAGCCCUGAGCUGUUCUAGUUGCACAAUUAAUCUUACAUAAUUAUAGGUAGAUGUGCAUCCCCUGCCUAUCUAAGUCUUGGCUUCUUACUGUUUUCAAAAUAUUUUAAUUAUGUUAAUAGAAUGGAAAAAUGUGAUUUAAUGUACUGAUGUUUGUAGUGGUAGAAAAUGUUUAUUUAAAUGGGUCAGUUUGGUUAGCACUAAGUAACUGUUCUACAGGGUGGGUUUAGGGAGGCCUUUCCUUCCUUAGAACCACCUCUUCUCCAAAGGUAAUGUUGGAUCUGAACCCAGCUCUCAUACUACACCUUACUGCAGCCUUCUCCAGUCUGGUCUCCUCCAGAUAUUUUGGACUACUAUCAGCCCUUGUCAACUUGUCCAAUAGUCAGGGAAGAUGAGAGCUUACCUCCAACAACAUCUGGAAGGCACCAGGUUGGGGAAGGCUGCUGUGUUGAGUGUUUUAUCAAGUGUCUUGUUCAGAAAGGUUAUCUUUGUGUAACAUUUUGUUCCAUCUAUAUUUUGAUAGCUGUAGACCAACUUGUCCUUUACAGAAAGCAUUACUGUACCUCAGACCAUUUUUGUUUGUUAUGUGCCUUCAAGUCAAUUAUGACUUAUGGUGACCCUAUGAAUCAGUGACCUUCAAGAGCAUCUGUCAUGAACCACCCUGUUCAGAUCUUGUAAGUUCAGGUCUGUGGCUUCCUUUAUGGAAUCAAUCCAUCUCUUGUUUGGCCUUCCUCCUUGUCUACUCCCUUCUGUUUUCCCCAGCAUUAUUGUCUUUUCUAGUGAAUCAUGUCUUCUCAUGAUGUGUCCAAAGUAUGAUAACCUCAGUUUCAUCAUUUUAGCUUCACAAGAACACAAGAAGAGCCUGCUGGAUCAGGCCAGCGGCCCAUCUAGUCCAGCAUCCUGUUCUCACAGUGGCCAACCAGGUGCCUGGGGGAAGCCCGCAAGCAGGACCCGAGUGCAAGAACACUCUCCCCUCCUGAGGCUUCCGGCAACUGGUUUUCAGAAGCAUGCUGCCUCUGACUAGGCUGGCAGAGCACAGCCAUCACGGCUAGUAGCCAUUGAUAGCCCUGUCCUCCAUGAAUUUGUAUAAUCUUCUUUUAAAGCCAUCCAAGCUGGUGGCCAUUGCUGCAUCUUGUAGGAGCAAAUUCCAUAGUUUAACUAUGCGCUGAGUAAAAAAGUACUUCCUUUUGUCUGUUCUUGAAACACUGGCUCGAUGGCCCCUAUUUGAAAGUGUGUUGCUGCUGCCUGGCCAAUCCAUUCUUAUUUGUGGACCUGGGAGCCAAGAGAAAUGAAAGCUGUCCAGUGGUACCUGAACAAACUCCAGUUUGUACCGAUACACAACUAUCUGUAGGGCCCAACUGUCUGAGAUGGUGGUCUGAGGUGAUGGGCUGGUGAAACUGUUGGGAUGGUCCCCCACCCUGAAGCUGGUAGUGUCAAAAUUGUUGUUUGGUCUGCCUGCAUUGGGAAGUGUUAGAUUUACUGGAGGUGACCAUAUGGGGCCUGAUGAACCUGGACAUGCUCCAGCUGUGCCUGCUGAGCCCGUAGUCUCUGGAUUGGUAGCUGCAUCUCUGAGGACGAAAGGAAGGACCUGACCUCCCUGAUCGCCUUUCUCAUCUUUCUUCCAAGCAGAAGGCAUAGCCUUACGCUUGUCUCUGGUUUCUUCCAGCAUCCCUUUCAGGGUAUGUUCCCCAAAAAGAAGCUGGUCCCUUGGAAGGAAACAGAAGCGAGAUUUCCCCUGGAAGCUGGAUCCACAUUCUAGUGCUUCAGCCAAAUGGCCACUAGGCUGGCAGAUACAGCUCUGGAAUUAAAUUCAAGGCUGUGUCAGGAAUAAAUUCCUGGGCUCUUGACUAUUUGCUUAGAAUCUGUGUAGUGUCUCUGCGUCUAAAUCAGGAUUUUAUAGCAGGCCACUGUUCUUCUUGUGACAGUUCUGAUUUAAUUUGUUCUGACACCCAAUUAUUUGUAUUUUUUGCAGUCCAUGGUAUGUGCAAAGCUCUCCUCAUUUCAAAUGAGUUGAUUUUUCUCUUAUCCGCUUUUUUCACUGUCCAACUUUCACAUCCAUACAUAAAGAUCGGGAAUACCAUGGUCUGAAUGAUCCUGGCUUUGGUGUUCAGUGAUACAUCCUUAAAUUUAAGGACCUUUUCUAGUUCUCUCAUAGCUGCCCUCCCCAGUCCUAGCCUUCUGAUUUCUUGACUAUUGUCCCCACUUUGGUUAAUGACUGUGCCGAGGUAUUGAUAAUCCUUGACCAUAAAUCGCAGGUUUGUGUGUGUUGCCCAAGCCCACAAAACAUAGUAUCUCUCAGCUUCAAAUUCAGGCUUUUCAGAAUCUCAAGGUGGAAAUACACUUCAUGUGUGGUUCUGAGAUUCUUAUUUUGGAUCUUUUUCACAAUGCAGCCACUGAUGCAACAAUUUGAAAUGAAAAAUGAGCAUGUGAGGAGGGGACAGUCAGGGCCGGAUUAUCCAUUAGGCUUAGUAGCUGAAGCCUAGGGGCCUGGAGCUCUUGGGGGCCCAUGAGGCACUGGCCCAAGGGCCCCUGGAGCUACAGGGGGCCCUCCGCUCUCCUUCCGUGAUCCGUGGAAGCAUCUGCGGACCGCCAUCCCCCCACUUUACAUACCUUUCUGUUUUUUGCAGCGUGCAGAUUUGCCAUCAAUAAAGAUGGCGGCUGAGGUUUCCUUAAGGGGCUGAAGCCUCUGCCGCCAUCUUGGCUGAUGGCACACAUGCGUGCUACACACACGCUCUGCUGCCAUCUUGAUUGAUGGCAAACCUGCACACGCUGCAAAAAACAACGGAAAGGUAGGUGAAGUAUGGGGAUAGGAGCUCCCAAGCACCAAUCAGCCUAGGGGCCCUCCUCAGCUUAAUCCAGCCCUGGGGACAGUAUCAAUCUCUUCUCUUGGUUCCAUUUUUCUGUUGAAAAUUGCUCCUCCUGUCCUGGUUCUACCCCCUCAAUGGAAAAAUGUUUUUGUACAAUGAGUAAACAAACAAAAAUUGUGCAGAUGCACACAUUCCUUCUUAUAUUAAGCACCAGUCCAUAUUUGGAACUAAAAAGCAGAGUGAUAUAUACAUCUCAUCUUUGCGCUAAUGCUGUAAAAUAGGAAGUGGGACUAGUUGUUCUCCCCUUCGGUGUCAUAUGUGAAAGCCUUUGAUGGCGCAAGACCUUUCCACAAAGAAAACAGUAUGGUUCCUGCUUCACACUCAAGUGAGAAAAGAAGCCCAUUUAGACUGCACACCCUUAAACUGAUGUAAAGCAGGUUCAUUUGCUGGGGUCUCUUUCUGCUUUCACAUUGGAGAAGCCUUAAGACCUGAUCAUCAUGUCCACAGGUCUUUUGAGAAAUAGUUUGGGAUUCUUGCUAGAACAUGAUAAUGAUGUAGCCAGGCUUGCUUAUGGUCUGUUUUGGAGGCAAGAGGCCUGGAUCCACGUAGAGCUCAUGCAAGGAGUUUUGGCUGAAAGAUUAUAGCCUAAUUUUUACAGUAAUGCCUUCAGAGAACAAAUGCAGGUAAGUGACCUGGGGUACAGUCUUGUGGGCCACUUCUAUUGGAAUGAAUGGGAACUAAGCCAGAACUCCCAAAUGAAAGAGCAACCCUGGUCACUUCAAUGGGACUGGCACAGGAGCAGGUCUUGAUAGUCUGUCCUUGCUUUUCUGUGUCUACAUACAUUAAGGUUUAUUUUAAAUAUACACACAUACAGUACGUAUAUGCAUUUAGUUUAUGCAUAGCAUCAGUGUUAAAAAUGUACAUAUACAGAUUACUGUGUAAUUGGAGACUUCACUCAGCUCUUAGAGAAAAUGUGGUUUUGAGUGCCGUUACAAGGACUGCCAGAAAAUCUGAAGUGGGUAUUUUGAGGUUUGCCUAAGGAUGGCACAGUGAAUGGAUUGCUAAGGCUGUGACCCUCAACAUCCUUACUCAAAAAGCAAGAUAUCAGAGAGGCCCAGUUCCAUGAGUUGGAUUAGAGUGGCCAAGUUUAGUAGCAGAUUAAACAUUUGUAUAGUGAGCAUGGCCAUGUUCAGGCAUGGCUGUUCACAGGACAAUUUGAGCCUUUCUUGAUAUGGAGGGAAGGUAAUAUACAAAACGCAUUGGUGCCUGAGUGUGUGGCUUGGAGACGUGCAACUUCAAGGGAUGUUGUGUUAACUUGUAAUAAAAUAUAUAUUUAAUAUAAAUUAUUGUUGUUAUUAUCAUUUUUAAUGGCUGGGUCUGUGGCAGAACAUCCCUGUUGUAUGCAACAACCGCACAUUAAUGGUGUUCCUAAAACAAUGCAGGCACCAACAGUAUGACUGUACCAAUCUGCAGUGCAGUCACAUAGCAUGGGUUGGUUGAGUGCACAGAUCAUGGUGGUGGCUACCGCAUCUCUGCCUGAUCUAACAACUGGUUUAGGGCAUGGGAAUUCCAAUAGGGGUGCACAGCUUCUCCUCCAAAACAAAGAGAUGUCUCCUGUGGGCAAAGGAACAUACAUACAGAGCUACACUCGCCCAUUCAGCUGAAUAGGAACCUACAUGCUCAUUACAGUGCAUGUAGAUUGGGGACUAGGGUGUUCUGCCAACUCCUAGGUUUGUAUCAGGACAUACUUGGCUUGACAUCCUGUUCCAAGAUGAAAACAAUAUAUAAUGUCUUAAGUAGAGUUUGCAAGAUAGAGUUGAUUCAAAAGAGAGGAGGCUACUAGCAGUGGUAAGUGUACCCUCUUUCUCUGUCUAGCAAUAUGUGCAGCUUUUUCAAACAAUGCUUUAGGAGCAAAUGUAUAGUUGUAGGCCAGAUAUUGAUCUCUCCCCAGUGGUUUCACAACUAUACUUCUUGUCACAGGAAGUGUCACCACAAUUUUGCACAGGUCUUCCAAUAAGUUCAACUUUUGAACUAGAUACAAGAUUUUGGAGAGGCUUUUCUUCAAGAUGGCCCCCUGGAGAAUUGCUGCCUGUUACCUUAGACAAUACUGAGCUAGAUGAAUAAAUGGUCUGAUUUAGUAUAAAAUAGCUUCCUAUGCUACCUAAUUCAAAGUGGCUUGGUAUUUUUGUUAGUCCUUGUUUGGGGAACGGUAUGUAGGUCUCUUCUCCUCCUCCCCCCUUUGACCCCAAUAUGAAAGCUCAUUUUGACAGAGAAUGGAUGCUUGGUAGUAGAACAAAUUAAUCACAAGGGGGGUGCACUGAUUUCUGUACAUGAAUCAAUCUAAGCUGUAGCUGGAAUGUUAAAUAUUGUUAAAAUCAGGUUUCACAGUGACAAAAUUAUUUUUCCCAACACUUCUCUCAUAAGGAUAUUGAAGCACUUUGGUAAGAAAUGCAGAUGCUUGGCUAUUCGUAGACAUUGCAACGUGCUAGGCAGUUAGACAAAGAAUUUAGGAGUUUGGUUUCUUGGUGGAUCAGGGAUAUUUUAUUUAUAGGCUGCUAAAUAUUUGUUAAUUUUCUGAAAGCAUUUAUCUGGUUCAUAAUGCAUUCUGCUCCUCUCCCCACAUUUCACAAGGGUAGGAAGGGAAGUACUUAAAGUACCAAAGCACUUAAUCCCUUCAAUUGACUUUGCAAACAUAACACAUGUAGAUAGCCUUAAGGUAUUCUUGUUUAUUGGCUUAUUCUGAAUUUGCAUUGGAAGGCCACUGGUUCCCCAUCCCUGUUGUGAGACCACCUAUCAGGCUUGAUCACCUCUUGAGCAGGAAUUUGAACCCUAAUGUGUUGUUUACUACACCAGCCUUUCCCAGCGUUUGGGUCUCUGGAUGUUGCUGGACUACAGUUCCCAUAAUUCUUGACCAUUGGCCAUGCUGCCUAGGGUUGGUGUGAGUUUUAGUCCAGCAACAUCUGGGAAUUCAAAGAUUGGGAAAGGCUGCGCUACAGAACACUAGCUUUAAGUUGAACAGACCACUGUAUUAGCACUUUCUUGAAUUAAAAUAUGUUGUCUAAAUUAUAAGCAAGUUUACUGAACUCAUAGGAUUAAUACUGCCAGUGCAGCUUUUGUAUAAACAAGGGCUUGCUUACUGGCUGUCACAUAUGGCUGUCUAAUCUUAAGUGCCAUCAUGGAGUGUUUCAGAAUUUGGAAUUGGUGUCAAGCUAAUCAUACAUACAUAAGGUUGAGACAUUGUUCACAAUUGAAACCUUUACAACCCCCCCCCCAUGCAUUGCCCCUUUCUAGACAGGCACAUGGCAGAUGAAAUGUGGGGAUGAGAGGGUUUUUGAACCAGAAUGCUAUAUGUUUUUAGAUCAAGGGAAGGGAUUGGAGUGUGUUCAGCUGCAGGCACACAAUGUCUUUUCAUGUUGUAUUUAUUAGUCAUACUUGAAAUCUUAAUUUCAUCUGUUCCUAUUUCCUAGUGAAACUUGUUAAUUGUUUUUUUAAAUUAAAAGCCAGUUUCACAACCCUUUGGAAUGGGAAUAGCACACUGUAAAACUUAAUAAUGGGCUGGUGUGCAUGGGGCUCACUAAUUGAAUUAACGCUUGUGGAGGAAUCAGUUCUCUUUGCAAAGAGGGCAGUCCUUGCAAGCUGUUGGGAAUGUCUCCUGUGCAGUUUCCAUUGAACUGAGAGAUGUGUAUAGGGGACGGGCCAUUGCUCACUGGUAAUGCAUAUGCCUUGCCUGCUGAAUGUCCAAGAUUCAAUCCCUGCAACCUUAGUUGAGUAGCAGGUGAUGGCUCCUGCCAGUCAGAGUAGACAAUACUGAACCAGAUGGGGAAAUUAAUCUGACCUAGUAUAAGGCAGCUUUCCUGCCUGCAACUGCCUUUCCAUGGGGCUAGCAAGGAAUGUGAAGGGCAGAUACACACAAAGGGGGACUUCUCUUUUAUUAACUAGCAGUAUAUGAAUGACUCCCUAACAGACCUAUGAAUCCCCAAACCAUGAAAUCAGCUUUCAAGUGCACAAACCUGUCAGAAACUGGAUUCAUGUGUGAAUAAUUGUGUGUUUAAGCAGUUUCCCUUGUCUCAGAAAGAUAACUUUGGAACUGGCACAAUAUGGAAAAGAUGUAUUUGCAGAGCCUCUCCGUAGUGCACACCCCAUUUCCUCAACCGUGGGUCCUAGGAGUUGUUGGACUGCAGCUCCCAUCAUCCCUGACUGUUGGCCAUGUUGUCUGGGGUGCCUCUGAAGCUGAAAGGCAAAUGGAAAGCAAAUGCAGCAGGCCCCUUGGGUGUUCCUGGUUUGUGCAGGGGUAGGUGGGAAUUCCAUACAAAUUCAAAUGCUCCCACUUUUACCUGAAGCCAUUUCACCAGUUUCUCAUUAGCAGGUCAUCUGAUAAUGACAGAAGAUAUCCCGAUCAUGUCAAUGAUGAACAACCAAAAACACGUUGAAGGCCAUGCAAACAAUGGGAGUCCUUUUCUCAAUUGACCUCCCAGCAAUCUGUGCCGGAGUGAGAAUUCUUACUGAAUUACAGCCCCUCCUGUUACCCUUCCAAACCUUCUGUUCACCUGUGGGUUUUUGUCUUACCCCAACAUGCUUUUCUUAUGGGAGGAUCCUGACAUGUAACUUGAAUGCCUGGAACAAAUGAAUAAGGCUAUCUGCAGAUGCUUUUGGAUAUUUUCCGUCAUGCUUUCUUUAGGAUAGGGAUGGGAAACCUCUGAUCCUCCAGAUGUUGCUGGACUAAGCCCCAGCAAGCAUGGCCAAUGUUUUGGGAUAACAGGAGCUGUAGUUCAGCAACAGCUGGAGGUCCAAAGGAUUCCUUACAUUUGCUCUAGGAUGCUUUUUGUUAUGGAUACCCAGCUCCUACUGCUUUUCUUCAUCCUAUGUAACUGUCUCAUGAAGCUGACUUGCAGAGCUUUUUGACUUUGAAAGCUGAUGGGAAGCUAUUGUAAAUAGCAUCUUCUAAUGUACCCUAGAAUUUUGACUUAUCCACAAGGUUGCUGUAAUGCUGCAAAGGGGACCUUUGUAUAAGGGUAGCCCCUAUCCUCCUGGGCAGUUUUUUUUUUUUUUGCAGGGGUGGGGAGUGGAAUAGGGCUAACUUAAAAACUAUGUGAAGAAAAUUGGAUCCUUUUUGUACUUUUGCUUAAACUUUUUGAAGAGGAAAAAGCUGAAGCUGCUGGUGUUGGUGAUGCCAGUUCUCCUUCAACCAGAGAAGAUCUGGCGCCUGGUAUGAUGGCACUCGCUCAUUUCAAGCAAUGAUGCCACUUCUGCGAAGUGAACUGCAAGUUUCCCUUCAUUUUGUAUAUGCAUCUAUGAGGGUGGGAAGAGCUUGCUUUGUACAGUUUGGUGAUAUGAGAACUUUUUGAUUGUUCCUAAUAAAC